UUUAAUGAAAUUCUGAAUAAAAUAGAUUCAAAUUACUUCUUCAUUCUUAAACUUGCAAUACAUUACACAUUAAGCGCUUACAAUUUACAACGUUACAGUAAAAUUGUAUAUUACAUAUUAAUGAAAAUGUUCAUUGGAGUGAAGGUACAUCGAUCAAAGGUAGUUCGGGGUGGUACCAGCAGGUGGCGGUAAAACGGUGUCGAUCAGUUACUGGCGUAACCAGAAGCAACGAAAAAGAAACCUGGGCGCAUGACGUCACGCGGUUGAGCAACCGGCGCGCGGCACGGAAGAGCGGCGCGUGUCCACCAUCCUUUCCCUGAAACAAUCACCAACUACUCUUCGUGAGCCGCUAUGGCCUCGGAUGACAUCGCUCAGCUGGCGGAUGCGCUUGCCAAGACCCACGUCGGAGAUGGAGAGCUGAGCUAUCAGGGCUUGGGCCUGAAGCUCGAUGACGCGGAAUCAGUGGAGGAGCUGGUGCGUGAGAUAGAGCAGUACCCGGGCCUGAGAGCUCUGCGCCUGGAGGGGAACACGGUGGGAGUGGAUGCAGCCCGGGCCAUCGCCAAGGCUCUGGAGAGCAAAGACCUGCUGCAGAAAUGCCACUGGAGUGACAUGUUCACCGGGAGGUUGCGCUCUGAGAUCCCAACGGCCUUGAGGUCUCUGGGCAGCGCCUUAAUGAGUGCAGGGGCCAGGCUGACCGAGUUGGACCUGAGCGACAACGCCUUUGGGCCGGACGGCGUGAAGGGAAUCGAACAGCUGCUCAAGAGCCCUUCCUGCCACAAUUUGCGGGAGCUGAGGCUGAACAAUUGUGGCAUGGGGAUCGGCGGAGGAAAGAUCUUGGCUGAAGCUCUGAUCGAGGGCCACAGACAGUCGUCGGAGCACGGAGCGCCACUCAAACUGAGAGUGUUCAUCGCAGGGAGGAACCGCCUGGAAAACGAAGGAGCCCGCGCCCUGGCUAAGGCCUUUGAGCUGAUGGGCAGCCUGGAAGAAGUCCACAUGCCCCAGAACGGGAUCAACUACGCAGGUGUGACGGCGCUGGCUGCAGCCAUGCGACACAACCCGGAGCUCCGCGUCCUCAACUUUAACGACAACACCUUCACCAAGAGGGGAACGCUGGCCAUGGCGCAGGCUCUGAGGCACCUGAGGAAUGUACAGGUGAUCAACUUUGGAGACUGUCUGGUGCGCUCCGAAGGCGCUAUCGCCCUCGCCGCUGUCCUCGGAGAGGGACUGCCGAUCCUCAAGGAGCUCAAUCUGUCCUUUGGCGAGAUCACAGAGGCGGCAGCUUUGGUGGUUGCUCAGGCGGUCAUGGACAAACCCGACAUGGAGAAAGUGGAUUUGAACGGUAACAGUUUGGGGGAGGAGGGCUGUGACGCUUUGAGGGAAGCCAUGGAAAACAUGGACAAAGGAGGCAUGCUGGCAUCACUCAGUGAUGAUGAGGGAGAACCAGAUGACGAGGAUGAUGAUGAUGAAGAAGAUGACGACGACGAUGCAAGUGACGACGGCAAUGAAGACGCUGAAGACGACUGUGAACUUGUGAUGGAAAACGGAAUAACGAGAGAUGACAGUCCGGCAAAACCUCAGAGCUCGGCCGAGAUCACGUCCUUCCUCAGCUGCCCCUCUGCAGAGAGGCUCCUUCAGCUGGGAGAGAUGAGGACGAGUCUGCAUCAACAGGUGGAUGCAUCCGACCCACACAACGCCGCCCACGUGCUUCUGAAAAUCGCCGCUCUGCACAGUGAAGAACCGGAGACCAAGGCGGCGGUCCUGGAAACCAUCGAUGCCGUGUUGAAGAAGCUCCUCUCUGGCUCAGCUCUCCAGUCCUUCUGCUUCCUCUCCUCGCUGCUGGUCAUGAUGGGACUUCUUAAGGGAGAGGGGAGGGUGAAGAAGGUGUCGCUGGUCCCAGGUCAGCUGCUGUGUUUGGAGCACGCCAUUCAGCAGGAAUACUUCACUAGGCACCACGCCUCGCUGCUUCACACCUUCAUGUCGAAGAACGCUGGAGCUCUGGAGUCCUGCAGCAGUGCCAGUGAGCGGCUGAGCUCCACACUGGAGAAGAAGUGCCAUGACCACCACUGAUGACCUGUGACACACACACGAUACCGACUUUACUGUAUUUUUUUAAAAUAACAAAACCAACAGGGAAUCUUUACACUUGAAGAAGGGACUCAGACAGCCACUUAAUGUACAGUAUUUCCACUCCUGAUUUGUAUAUUUUGAUGAAGGCAAAAAACUGUGCAGAAUGUCUGUUAUUUUUUUACUUAUGCUUGUGACGAUAUUUUUAUAGAAAAUAAAGGGAGCCAACAAAUGGAACGCUGCCCCCCCCCCCCCCCUUUUUAAACAUUUACAACAAAACCUCCCUUUUAGACGAGGUCCCCACGCAGCUUUACAGAGUGGUCAAACCAACAGUUACUCAGGUGGAACUGGAAAGGCAUAUUAAAAAUACAAUUUAAUUAUCCAAAUAAAGAAAAGUGAAGGGCUGACUUUAAUGCUUCCCAUGCUGUUGUCAUGUACCACCUCGUCAGUUCGGCACGUUGCUCCUCAGGUCCAGCAGUCCCAGCGCCGCUGUGAGCGAUGGGCUCCACGCGGACCACCGGGCGCCGCAUGCAGCGCCGGGACCUCGAUCACACGUAUAUCUUACCUCUUUGUAAAAAGUUUUAUUCAUUCAUUCAUCUGUCUUAAUGAAAAAUGUGCUCUUAUACAUAUGACUUGAUGAAGUACAGCUGCUGGUUUCACCUCGCAUACAGUUUAUGGAGCGUUUGAGGGAAUGAUGACGUCACACUGGACUGCAUUCACAUUGAGACGUUUGCCUGAUGUGUUGGUUUUGUACACUGGAAGUCAAAAAUAAAACUAAUCA